GUGGCCUUGGCGGCUCUAUUGGCACCUCGCCGUCCAUCCUUCUCCACUAGACGCCGCUGAUCUUCCAACAUCUAGACCAUCCUCUAAAGCCGCCAUUACCGAUCCCCUGCCUCCUCCCACCGUCUCUAACCCUAAAAUCCUAAUUCGUAGGUUUUCUGCCUGAUUUGGAGGGUAGAUCUACUGAUCCAAAGGUUGAAGAUGAUACGCUAGCCGUUGGAUCCAACAGCUAGGGCUAGAUCUACUGAUGGAUUCCAAAUUUUCAUGAUAAAGCAGCGGCGACCGCCCCUGACGCCGCCGGCGAAUCCUCCUCCGGCGAGAUCCGCGGCCGCCGCGUCCCUCUCCCCCACCCCACAUGAGCCCCGCAAGGUGCGACCAGUCGUGGUAGCUAGCUAGUGGCCAACCACCUGUUCGGCAGAAUGUCUCCUAAGCGAAAGAGCGAGCGAACGGGGCACGGGCACGCCAGUGAAGACGACGGGAUCGACGUCCUCCCGGACGCUCUCCUCCAGCACAUCCUGUCCUUCCUGACGGCGGACGAGGCCGUGAUGACCUCCGUCCUGUCCCGGCGGUGGCGCCAUCUCUGGCGACGCACGGCCGUCCUGCGCGUCGCCGAUUCGGGAAGAUGGAAGCACUGGGAGGCGUUCAACAAGUUCGUCAACCACCUCGUGCUCUCCCGCGGCAGCAACCCUCUGCACAGGUUCGAGCUGGGCAUCGAGCCGUGCCGAGAGGAGUACGUGAUCGACGACGACAACGCGUACCGCUACGUCAUGAUGUGGGUGAUGUACGCCCUGGUGUGCCAUGUCCGGGAGCUCAAGAUCACCAACCUGAUGGAGACGUACGUCGACAUGGACGCCGGCGUCGCGCUCGUCUCGCGGCACCUGACGACGCUGGAGCUCUCCGGCCUGCGGUUCGACAGGUGCUCCCUCGACUUCUCGAGCUGCCCCGCGCUGCAAGCGCUGUGCUUCACCGACAGCUGCUGCUUCGUCUCCGUCAAGAAGAUCAGCUCCCGGUCGAUCCAGCGUCUUGGCUUCCGCUGUCCCCGGUUCAGCAAACACCACCGCACUCGCGUUCACGCCCCGAGCAUCGUUACGCUCAAUCUCGAUUGCUUUUGGGGAAGAACUCCGUUCCUGGAAGCCAUGCCGUCGUUGGUCACCGGAUUUGUUCGGCCUGACGAGGAUUGUGAUGACUGGUGUGGUAAUACUUACGCUGUCAGUUGUGAAGAUGGAAGCUGUGAGGGUUGUUAUGGUAUGGCAGAUGAGAUUGGGGAUGGUAGUGCCAAAUGCGUGCUCCUGGGAGGUUUAUCAGAAGCUAGGGAUUUGGAGCUGAUAGCUGGACCUGAAAUGCGUAUUUUCAGGAGUGAUUUAAGAUGGUGCCCUAUGUUUAGCAAGUUGAAGACUUUGUUACUAAAUGAUUGGUGUGUUGCUACUAAUUUCUGGGCACUGGCUUGUAUUCUCGAACGCUCACCGGUUCUGGAGAAGCUCACUCUUCAAGUUUCCAAGGAAACUAAACCUAUAAUAGGCAUAGAAGAAAAUCACAGUGCAUUAGUGAAACCACCCGCAAUAUCAAAACAUCUUAAGGUAGUGAGAGUCCACUGUAAAGAAGUUGAUGAGGGGGUUUGCAAAAUUUUGAAGUUCUUGACUACAUUGGACGUUGAAGUUAUUAUCAAAAGGAUGGACCGGUCGGCAACACUCUUCAGUUUCGAGGAAGGAGAAGGACAUCUGGGUUCAAACCUAGACGAAGAAUCUUCUACUUGAUGUGCCCCUCUUAAUUAUUCAGGAAUGCAAGGAUUUGAUUUCGCAGUGACAUGAACUCUUUUGUAUUUCGUCUGUGAGAUUCCUAAUGUUAGUUCCACCAGUACGAACAACUGGGAAAGAAAUGAGUUGUUCAGACCAAAUGGCCGUCUAGCUGCUGGAGCUGGUUGUUCAUCCUAUCUUUUUAAGACUGUCUCGACAUAGCUUUCUGCAUCUGUACUUGGGAUGUGUUUCUACCUUUUAUUCAUACAAUUAAUGGUGUCAUUUUGUUCGAAAAGUAACUGCAGCUAUGCAUUUAGUUCUCUUCUGUUCUGA